AUGUCUCAACUAUCCGGAUUUCCCACUGUUCGCCCCGCCUACAUUCUUAAGCUCCAAGUAGGAGAGGGCCAGCCUGUUGGUACGGAAACCUCGUUGCCCAUUGCCCAUGUUACAGGAUCUCAAUCUAAUCAUGUUGCUGUAGGGGAAACAUCUUCAGGAUCGACCUUUGUCCACUACGUUACCCCAGGCGGAAGCAUCUCUACCGUAGAUGGCUUUUCACCAAGCAUUGAUGCUGAGGUUGUUUUCGCUGGUGACUGGUUGUAUUUCGAUCCCGAUCAGCAACAUACUCGGAUGAAUGUCAAGGGUGUUGCGAGGACAACCGAAGGCGAAGUGAGUUUCAAGGAGGCAUUCAACAAAACACAACUAACCAACCACCAGGGCAUUAACUUUGCCUAUUCGGGCGUUUCGGGCGUUUCACCCGACCUGGGUGCUAUUUUCCAAGGACAACCGAAGACCAUCCCAUUUGGCCUAUCCACCGUGAAUCCCACCUUCGAAGUGGGUCAUCCUCGUCUCAGGCUCCUUGAGAAUAGCACUUGGGUUGGUAAUGGCCGAUUCCUACUAGACGGGGACAAGCUGUAUGUGGAGGUGCGCAUCUCACUGGUUGUUGCCAGUGAAGAUAUGGACUAG